CUUUCCCAGACUUCCUAUAUCAUGAAAUCUUCAAGGUAUAGAUGUAACACUGACGAUUCGUGUUUUCUCUGCUCAUGAUAGCCUCAUUGUAAUCUAGUCCAUUACAAUAGCGUGUCGGACAUUAUGGCUGCCCUCCCGAUAGCCAUUCCAGCUGUUACCGCCGCAGCCGCCUACCUCAACGCCCGCCUCGGUCUGGUCUACGACUGGGACCUUCUAUCCACCUACAUUCAUAGUGGGAUCGAGCAGCGCCUAGUCGCUGCCCGAGGCCACUCGAACCUCUUCUAUAUACUUGAAGGUCAUGCCAGGUCCUCUAACGCUACACAUCCCUUCCUCCUCUGGAACGGCAAAACAUGGACGUACGGCGAGGCAUACCAAAUGGUCCUGAAAUACGGCUCAUGGCUGAAGCGAGAGAAGGGUGUACAGAAAAAUGAGGUGGUGGCGAUGGAUUUCGUGAACUCGGAAGUGUUUAUCUGGAUAUGGUUCGGACUAUGGAGCAUCGGUGCCAAGCCUGCGUUCAUCAAUUAUAAUCUGACCGGGAAGCCGCUGCUUCAUUCGAUCCGGACUUCGACGUCAAGACUCGUCCUUGCGGACGCGGAGAUAAAAAAGGAAUUCACAGAUGAAGUUAUCGUCGAGCUGGCGGAUCCGAACUUCCGGGACGGGAAAGGCGAUGUAGAGCUACUUUUCUUUACCUCGGAGCUGGAGGCAGCCAUUGAGAGCGGUGAGGCCGUGAGAGAGCCUGACGAGGCGAGGUCUGGACAGGAGAUGCACGAUAUGGCCAUUCUGAUAUACACGAGUGGGACUACAGGACUCCCGAAACCGGCUAUAGUAAGCUGGUCGAAGGCGAGGCUGGGCAGCCGCUUCAUUGCUGGCUGGCUACCCCUGAAAAAGGACGAUAUAUUAUACACUUGCAUGCCCCUGUACCACUCCUCCGCCUCCCUCCUCGCCACCCUCAGCAUCCUCACGCGCGGCUGCACCCUCUCCCUCGGCCGCCGCUUCUCCCACCACACCUUCUGGCCCGCCAUCCUCGCUACCAACGCUACCAUCAUCCACUACGUCGGCGAAACCUGCCGCUACCUGCUCGCCGCGCCGCCGCGCCCCACCGACACAGCCCACUGCGUGCGUCUCGCCUACGGCAACGGCCUGCGCCCAGACGUGUGGGAGCUCUUCAAAGCGCGCUUCAACAUCCCCACCAUCUGCGAGUUCUACGCCGCCACUGAGGGCCCCAGCGGCAUGUUCAACAAGAGCACCAACGGCUUCUCCUCCGGAGCCAUCGGCCGCAACGGCGCGCUCGCGACGAUGUUCAUGGGGCCGGGUUUGGCAGUCAUCAAAAUAGACCCGGAGACGGACCCACCGGCUCCGCUGCGCGAUCCGAAAACGGGCCUAUGUGUGAUAGCGGGCUGGGACGAGCCGGGGGAGCUGGCGUAUAAGCUCGACCCGCAGAACAUCAAGGUGAAGUUCCAGGGGUACUUUGGCAACAAGGGCGCGACGGGGUCAAAGAUCCUGCGGGAUGUGAAGAGGAAGGGGGAUGCGUAUUUCAGCACGGGGGAUCUAGUAAGGUGGGAUCGGGAGAAUCGGUGGUGGUUUGUGGAUCGGAUUGGAGAUACGUUUCGGUGGAAGUCGGAGAAUGUGUCGACGGCGGAGGUGGCGCAGGCGCUGGGGCUGUGUCCUGGGAAUGUCGUGAAAGAGGCUGCGGUUUUUGGGGUGAAGGUGCCGAAUCAUGAUGGGAGAGCGGGCUGUGCGGCGGUCGUGUUGGAUGAGAGCCAUCAUGAGAAGACGGAGAAGGGGCUCAAGCCGAGGCCGCAUGCGUUGGUGGCUUUGGCGGGGCAUUUGGGGAGGUCACUGCCGAAGUAUUCGAUUCCGCUGUUCUUGAGGUUUACGAGGGAGCUGCAGACGACGGGGACGAAUAAGCAUCAGAAGACGGAGUUUCAGGCUGAGGGCAUUGAGGUGGGCGAUGUGGAGCAGAGUGGGGAUGUGUUGUUCUGGCUGGUUGAAAGAAAUGGUGAGAGGGUGUAUGAGAGGUUUGGGGUGUAUGAACUUGCUGCGAUUAAGGGCGGGAAUGUGAAAUUGUGAAGAGAAGAGAUGUAUUGGUACAGUACCACGAUAUAAGUCUAGGCAUUUCUGACAACUAACUGCAGUACCCUAAUGGGCUUUUGAAACUCUAAAGACGAUGUAAAGGUUAACGCAGUAGAAAUCAGGCUCCCUUUUGACCUACUAAAGACAUGUUAUUUAGGGCACUCCUUACAGCGGUGUCGAGAGAGCAAGAGAGAAGCUUAGUGAGCUGUCUGACUAUCUUGUAUUGGCGAAUGAAUAAUCUGAAGGCGAAGUCUCGGACUUCUGUAAGAGGGAUUGAUGGAGGGAGAUAGAAAUUAAAUCGAACUUCGUGAGCAC